AGCCCGAAGCCGAAACGCGCGGCGGCCGCGCAUGCAGAGCAGCCAGGGAUCGGAGCCCCCUGUCCUCUAGGCCGAUCGAUCGUCGAUGCGCGCAUGUCCACCCAGCAGCCAUAGGCAGCCAUGGCCGGCUUCCUCCACCGCCACUUCCUUCCCCCGUUCCGGCGCCCGCCGCUGCCCUUCUUCCACCACGGCGCCUCCUCCGCCGUCUCGGCCUCCCAGCAGCCCGGCGGGCAGCAGCAGGACGGGCGGCGGCCAUGGACGCCGCGCCGGAUCCUGGACCCGGGCGACGAGGUGAUGCUCCGCUGGAACCGCCUCUUCCUGGUGACAUGCAUGGUGGGCCUCUUCGUGGACCCCAUGUACUUCUACCUCCUCUACAGCUCCGGCGAGUCCUGCGUCAAGAUCGACAUGGGCAUCGGCGUCGCCGUCACCGCCGUCCGCACCAUCGCCGACCUCUUCUACCUCGCACACAUGAUCCUCAAGUUCCGCACCGCGUUCGUCGCGCCCAGCUCGCGCGUCUUCGGCCGCGGCGAGCUCGUCAGGGACCCCGACCAGAUCGCCAUCAGAUACCUCAAGAACGACUUCAUCGUCGACCUCGCCGCCAUGCUCCCAAUCCCACAGGUGAUCAUCUGGUUUGUGAUACCAGCCGUGAGCACCUCCUCGGCGAAUCACACCAACAACACGCUCUCCAUGAUCGUGCUGAUCCAGUACAUACCAAGGGUGUUCCUCAUCAUAUCCCUCAACUCCAAGAUCGUCAAGUCCAGUGGAGUCGUCACAAGAACUGCCUGGGCAGGGGCUGCCUACAACCUGCUUCUCUACACAUUGGCAAGCCAUGUGCUUGGAGCGCUGUGGUACCUGCUGUCGAUUGAGCGGCAGUACACGUGCUGGGUGGAAGCCUGCACGAGCGAGAACGGCACCGAGCCGAACCAGAACAUACCGAAAUGCUUGAUGACCUACCUGGACUGCAAAUCGGUUCACGACCCCGUCAGGAAGAGCUGGUACGAGGUAAGCCACAUCGACACGCAGUGCAAGCUCCCCGGGGCUACGUACAAGUACGGGCUGUUCGCAGACGCGCUCAACCUCGACGUCGUCGGCGCCACCUUCUUCGAGAAGUACCUCUACUGCCUAUGGUGGGGGUUCCGGAACUUGAGUUCCUAUGGACAGAACUUGCAGAACAGCACCUACAGUGGGGAGACCAUAUUCUGCAUCCUGAUUUGCAUCAUGGGACUCGUCUUCUUCUCGCACCUCAUCGGAAACAUGCAGACGUACCUGCAGUCCAUGACGGUGCGGCUGGAGGAAUGGCGGGUGAAGCGGCGGGACAUCGAGGAGUGGAUGCGUCACCGGCAGCUCCCCCUGGAGCUCCAGGAGCGUGUCCGCCGCUUCUUCCAGUACAAGUGGCUGGCCACCCGCGGCGUCGACGAGGAGUCCAUCCUCCAGUCCUUGCCCCUCGACCUCCGCCGCGAGAUCCAGCGCCACCUCUGCCUCGCCCUCGUCCGCCGCGUGCCCUUCUUCUCGCAGAUGGACGAGCAGCUGCUGGACGCGAUCUGCGAGCGGCUGGUGUCGUCGCUAAGCACGAAGGACGCCUACAUCGUCCGGGAAGGCGACCCGGUCAGCGAGAUGCUCUUCAUCAUCCGCGGGGAGCUGGAGAGCUCCACGACGGACGGCGGGCGGACAAACUUCUUCAGCUCCAUCACGCUCCGGCCGGGGGACUUCUGCGGCGAGGAGCUGCUGACCUGGGCGCUGAUGCCCAACCCGUCGCUCAACUUCCCGCAGUCCACCCGGACCGUCCGCUCCGUGACCGAGGUGGAAGCCUUCGCGCUCCGGGCCGAGGACCUCAAGUACGUGGCCAACCAGUUCAAGCGGCUCCACAGCAAGCGGCUGCAGCACGCGUUCCGGUACUACUCCCACCAGUGGCGCAGCUGGGGCGCGUGCUUCGUGCAGGGGGCCUGGCGGAGGUACAAGAAGCGGAAGCUCGCCAAGGAGCUCAUGAAGCAGGAAGGUUUGCUCUUGGGAUUCGAUGAUGGGCAAGGUGGCGCCGGCGGGGAUGGUGGGUCUGGGGUGGGCGAUAGUGACAGCGCGCCGUUGCUUGGGGAUUACGGCAAGGAUGGCGCGGCGUCGGCGGCGGCGGAGGGAGGAGGAGCGGCGGCGGGGGGCGGCGGGGGGUCGCACCUUGGGGUGACCUUCUUGGCGUCCAAGUUCGCCAAGAACACCAAGAAGGGCGCGCACCAGAAGGUGGUGGCGCAGCACGACGUCUCCACCAUCAAGCUCCCCAAGCUGGCCAAGCCCGACGAGCCGGAUUUCUCCUUGCACACCGACGACGCCCUGUAGUGAAAUUUUGCUUCCGAGUUCGAGUUCGAGUCCGAGUCGAUCGCCCACCGUGCAGGUGUGUGUACGUACGUGAAGUAGGUAGAUGAAGCUGUGGAGUCGCAUGUGUUGUACUGUAUACUAGUGCUGAUUUAGUAAAAGUUGACCUUAAAUUACUUGGGAUCAGAAUGUCUGGACAUGGCGAAUUGACAUGGCAUGUUCUGUAAGAUUGAGGUAGUUUGUUUUUAGUCUUUUAGAUAAGAGAAAAGGGUAUUUUGUCA